GCCAUUCAUUGAGCGAUAAGCUUGAAGGACGAGGUUCAUUACCUCCAGCUAUUAUUUAUUAGUUCGAAAGGUCGUUGAAACAUAAAAACUGGCGGCGAGCGCUUAUCACCGUAGGACUACGUAUUGCGAAUGGUUGUUUCUGAGAGUAGUCGUGACCAGCAACAGACACGGAUGUAUCGCUCAUCCCUAGAAAUUUCGUACAAUGCUUAUCGAUAAGCGAUAAAGUAUACACAUAAAAAAUUAAAUUGCAGCACCAGCACCAACGCACAUAUUUAUUGUUCGAAGUGCGAGGAGUGCCAAAAACAAAGAGCGAAGCGACGAGCGUGUGUGCGACUAAACACUUUGGAGCAGAUACAGACAGACCGGAACCAGAGCCAGCCACGGGCCGUAGCAACAAGGGAGUCGCAGCAGCAGCAGCACAGGGCAAGGAACUGAGCAGCAGCAGCAGCUAGAACAACGUCGACGACUACACAAUGAACACACUGACCCCCAGCACAAACGGAGCAGCCAGCGGUGGCUCCACAACGGCCAUCUCCACGACAGGCAACGGCAACGGCAAUGGCAGCGGCUCCAGCACAAAUGUCACAGCGGCCGGCACUGCCGUCGAUGGCGGCGGGGGCGGUGGCCUCGACGAGGCUGGCGGCGAUGCCAGCUCACGGCGGCAGGCGACUCGUGUUUUCAAGAAGAGUUCGUCCAAUGGCAAAAUCACCGUGUAUCUGGGCAAACGGGACUUUGUCGACCAUGUGACGCACGUAGAUCCCAUAGAUGGGGUGGUCUUCAUCGAUCCCGAGUAUGUCAAGGAUCGCAAGGUGUUUGGCCAGGUGCUGGCCGCCUUUCGCUAUGGUCGCGAGGACCUGGACGUACUGGGUCUGACAUUCCGCAAGGACCUGUAUUUAGCGCAUGAGCAAAUCUUCCCACCCAUGCAACUGGAACGCCCGAUGACCCGUCUUCAGGAGCGGCUGAUUAAAAAGCUGGGCCCCAAUGCACAUCCGUUCUACUUUGAAGUGCCACCCUACUGCCCCGCCUCGGUGUCCUUGCAGCCGGCCCCCGGAGAUGUGGGCAAGUCUUGUGGUGUGGAUUACGAGCUGAAAGCAUUUGUGGGUGAGCACGUCGAGGACAAGCCACACAAACGGAACUCGGUGCGGCUAACCAUACGGAAGGUCAUGUAUGCCCCGUCCAAGGCCGGGGAGCAGCCAUCGAUUGAGGUGAGCAAGGAGUUCAUGAUGAAGCCGAAUAAGAUCCAUCUGGAGGCCAGCCUGGACAAGGAGCUGUACCAUCAUGGCGAGAAGAUAUCGAUCAAUGUGCAUGUGGCCAACAACUCCAAUCGAACGGUCAAGAAGAUCAAGGUCUGUGUGCGGCAAUUCGCGGACAUUUGCCUCUUCUCGACGGCCCAGUACAAGUCCGUUGUGGCCGAGAUCGAGUCGGAGGAUGGUUGCCAGGUGGCACCGGGCUUCACCCUGUCCAAGGUCUUUGAGCUGUGCCCAAUGCUGGCCAACAACAAGGACAAAUGGGGACUGGCCCUGGACGGACAGCUGAAGCACGAGGACACAAAUUUGGCGUCCAGUACGCUGAUCACCAAUCCCGCCCAGCGCGAGAGUCUCGGCAUAAUGGUGCACUACAAGGUCAAGGUUAAGCUGCUAAUUAGCUCGCCGCUGCUGAACGGCGACUUGGUUGCCGAGCUGCCGUUCACGCUAAUGCACCCCAAGCCCGAGGAGGAGGAGCCCCCGCUGCUGGGCGAGAGAUCGCCGCGGGCCAGCCUGGCGGCGCCGCUGCUCACCUUGGGCGACGCGAAUGAGGACGGGGCAUCGGGGUCAGGUGGCGACCAGGGACAACAGGAUGUGCCCACCACCACCAAUCUGAUCCAGCUGGACGAUGAAGAGGCGCAGGACGAUGACAUCAUCUUCGAGGACUUUGCCCGCCUGCGUCUGAAGGGCGCCGAAACGGAGGCCUAAGUCGCUGAUGGCUGGUCUCCCGUCCCCCUAGAUUUUCGGUCGCAUUGUUGUCGAGCCCAGAGCUCUUGCAGUUCUUGAUCGGUCCCGAUCGGUCUUUAGAUAUAUGAUGAUAUAUGUUAUGACAGUGUGCACGCACAACAACACACUUCGAUUGUCCAACUUAUUGAAUACGGUCACCUUUCGGCAUUUUGUAUCAUAUAUGAGAAAUUCGCGCAGCCGCCUAAAUGUAAAGUUUUAUACAGUAGCCAAUAGCCACGGUAAAUAGUUUGGUGUAAGCUAAAGUAUUUGAUAUGUGUAGGCCAUACGUUCUAGUAUCUAUAGAGUUAAGCUGACAGUGUACGAAUUUUAAAAUGUGAAAUUGUUUAACAAAUACACAAACCAUACACAGACACACCCACACAACGCAGCACAGCACAGCACAGCAAACCCCACACGCGAACCAGAUACGCCAUGUAAUUUACAACCCAACACCCACGCCUGCAACAGUUGAAAGAAUGCACAAAAAUUAUAUUUAUUUAUCUUCGAACCACGAAAUCUGUUCACUUAUGCCCAACGAUUGACGAUACGCGCACACAAACCCAUGCAUUCUAGACCCCACACGUUGUUGGACUUGUCGUAAUUGUGGCCGGCAAUAUUUUAAAAGCUUUAAAUGCAGCUAAUUCGAACUAUGUUUUUUCUUAAAAAGAACAGCAGCAGCAGCACAAUGAAACGCCCGAGCAUUAUACUUACAAUCAAUGCCUAAGUGUAAAGAAUAAUUUAAUGUAAUUACAAAAGGAAUAAAAUGCAAGGAAACUUGUUAAAUGUGCUUUGUUAAAAAUAGCAAAAGUUUAUGUAUGAUUUUCGAAAUUUGCGAAUCGAAUUUGGAACUUGGUGGCUGAAAAAAUCAUCAGAAAUAUUUUAAUAUGCAUUUUUAUAGCGUUCAGACGGAUCGUAUGCACUGAAUCCUUUGGCAUGAGUUCUGCUCCUAAUUGGCUAUGUCCGGAAUCGAAAUUGAGGAAACGAAAACGUAACGCAAAUUACUUUAGAAACACACAAAAAUUGGAAUUGGUUCCACUAUAUAUAUUUUUAUGACGACCUUUUCAAUGAAAAGUAAAAAACGCAUAAGUUUAGAAGCUGUGAAAGCGAGAAAUGUAUGAAUUUGGUUCCUUUCAUUUAUGGGCGGCGCCUGCUACGAAUGAAUUAUAUGAUAUUUAAAAAUAAUUAAAAUUCUAGAUACGCUUAGGACAAACAAAAUUGAUAAAAAAAAUAUGAAAAUAACCUAAUUUAAGGCUUUUAAAUGCUAACAUUAGCUCGAAUUUGUUUUUAGACCGAAAGAAACAGCAGAAGCAAAACAAACCAUGAUAUACUAUGUAGAUAUCAUAUGAACAUAUUUUAAAGUGCAUUUUUAUAACGCGUAUAUCUGUACGAUCGUAUGGGUUUGUUAGAAUGUUUUUAGAGCGCGACGGGAAUGAUUGAAACUGGAGCAAAAACUGGUUAAAAUGGAUACAAUACUCGUAUGACAACAAGUAAUUUAACAAAAAUAUAUAGAGCAAUUUAAAUGUAUAUGUAGAAGGAAUAUUAAAAUAAAUAUUUAUAUGUGAAUAUAGUAAAUAUACAUCAGAACCGAACAAAACAGAACAGAACCGAGUGUAAAGCAUUUAAGCCAUAGCCUCAGCAUGUGCCCACGAAUAUGAAUAUGAAUAUGAAUAUCCUGCAGAUCUGCUUAAGAAAUUAGUCUCGGAUGAAUAUGAAUCAAAUUUUCAACAUUAUUUGUAAAGUUUUUAUAAUACCUUUUUAUAUAUUUCAUACAUACACAUGUAAGACGGAGGAGAACCCUUUUGUAGCCUGCACAAAAGCAAAAGCAAAAAACAGAUGAGAAAAUUAAAUUAAUUUUAUUUUUUAAAGUACAUUUUUUAUCUAGUACCAAAAUGCAUUCAAUUUGAUAAAUGUUUAAUGUGUAAUAAUUAAUUAUACAGAUAUAGGUAUAGGUAUAGGAUAUAUAGUUAUUUAUAUAUAUUAUAUACAUACAUAUGUAUAAUAAAUACCGAGCAUUAUGUGCUGUUUGCCUAGCCCACGCACAGAGAAGGAACCCACGAUAGUUGAAAUGCUAUAAGAUAUGAAAUGUAUGUAUUACAAGUACCUACCAGAACUAACAUAGUAUCAUAGUCCCAUAGUAUAUACUAUACACCGAUAUAAAUAUAUAUAUAUACGAGUAUAUGUGUACAUAUAUGUAUAUGAUAUGUAGAAUAUGUGAAAUCGAAAUCGAACAUUGAUUGAUAAUCUAUCCACCCUAGCCCUCGCGCAAAGCGAUUCGAAUGGAACACGAUAUCCAAGACAACCUACCUACUACUCGUACUCGUAUGACUAAUCGAACCCAAAAACACGAAAACCUAAAACGGAUAAUGGAAAGAUUGAAUGUUGUUUAUUUAAAUGUUAUAGAGUACCGAACCGAUAAAGGAAAGCAUAAUUAUUGGAAGAGUGGAAGGGGCACGUUGGAGUUGUGUGUGUGUGUGUGUGUGUCUGUGAAAGACAAUGUCCGAAAAGCUUUAAACAAAUAUAUACAAAAAUAUAUAGAGAGAGCAUUACAAAAAUAUACCAUUUAUUUGAGUUUGUUAUAUCGAUACCGAAUCCCAUUCCCCAUUCCCCCAGCCAUGCCUCUCAAUAUCAUCCAACGUGUCCAUCAAAUAAUUAAUGUUCUAUCUACUCGACGCAAAAAAAAAAAA